AUGAAAAAAGGCCCUAGCGAGAAGGGCUUUUUCUUUAAAGCAUUCAUUGGAUUGCUCACAGCGUUUUCAGCCUACCUUCUGUACUCUACGUUUCAAGAGAGCACUACAUCUGCAUCACCAUCCGACCUUAGGGAUCAAAUUGAAACUGUGUUUCUGGAUUCUUGGAACGAUUACAAGACUUAUGCUUGGGGCUACGAUGUUUAUCAUCCCUUAUCUCAUCAAAAAUCCAAUAUGUAUGGAUCUAACGGAAAACCUUUGGGUUGGAUCAUUGUGGAUGCCUUAGAUACUAUCAUGCUAAUGUACAACUCAACGCAGACCCACAAACAAGAAUUCGCAAAUGAAAUCCAAUUAGUCGAAACUUGGAUCAAUGAUGUACUUGAUUAUGACAUUGAUGUUAGUGUUUCAAUCUUCGAAACAACCAUCAGAAUGUUAGGGGGAUUGUUAUCCGGGUAUUACCUCUCAAAAGAAUUGCAAGUGGGGAAUCCUGACAUUUACUUGAACAAAGCGAUAGACCUUGCAGAUAGAUUGUUACCUGCCUUUGAUGCAACAUCAACAGGUAUCCCAUAUUCAAGUAUCAAUUUGCAUACAGGUGAAUCGGUGAAAAACCAUGUAGACGAUGGCGCCUCUUCUACUGCCGAGUUCACUACCUUACAAUUGGAGUUCAAGUAUUUAAGUGCCAUAACGGGAGACCCUGCAUAUUGGGAAGCUGCUGAAGCCGUAUACACACCUCUUUACGAGGAAAAUGACUUACUACAUACAUUCCAUGGUCUGGUCCCUAUCUAUGUCUACCCUGAUAAUGCAAAGUUCCAUGGCCAAAAUAUCAGACUAGGGUCAAGAGGUGAUUCCUUUUAUGAAUACUUAUUGAAGCAGUACUUACAAACCCACGAACCCGUAUACUAUAAGUUGUACCGUCAAUCCAUGGAAGGAAUGAAACAAUUCUUGCUUGCAAAGUCCGAACCUAGUGGACUAGUAUUUAUCGGCGAACGGGAACACGGUUUAUAUGGACCCUUGUCCCCAAAAAUGGAUCAUUUGGUUUGUUUCAUGGGUGGGCUUUUGGCAAUGGGCGCUACAGAAGGGUUGCAAAUAUCGAAAGCUCGUGAACAGCCUUUUUGGGAUACCAAGCAUGAAGAAGAUUGGAAUUUAGCUAAAUCUUUGACACGUACUUGCUACGAAAUGUACCACCAAGUUCCGUCUGGCCUUGCUUCCGAAAUUGUUGUGUUCAAUAAAGGAAAUAGCUUUAGACCAAACUAUUGGAAAUCCUCAAAGGGUGACUUUUUCAUCAAGCCAGCUGAUACACAUAAUUUACAAAGACCGGAAACUGUGGAAUCAAUCAUGUUCCUUUAUCAUCUAACCAAAGACCAAAAGUAUCGUGAUUGGGGCAGAGAGAUAUUCCAAUCAUUCCGCAUUCACACUAGUGUAAAUUGUCAGGGUCCGAAUAAGAAUUGUGUUUUCACAAGUCUCUCUGAUGUUAUAUCCAAACCGACCAAGAAAGGUGAUAAUUUGGAAAGCUUCUGGCUCGCGGAGACCCUCAAAUACUUGUAUUUGCUGUUUUUGGAUGACGUAGAUCUAAGUUCUGUCGUUUUCAACACAGAAGCACACCCAUUCCCUGUCCUUCCAGGAGAGCUGCUGACUCAGAAAAAGCUCUUCACUGGAUGGUCAAUUUAA